UCGCCCACUGGUCUGCCCCUACACUACAAACUAUUGCCACAGUAUCUCAAACAACACAAUUACGCCACACAUAUAGUCGGCAAAUGGCAUUUAGGUUACGCGCGCCGGGAGUUUACUCCCACCUACCGGGGCUUCGACUCACACGUGGGCUUCUGGGGCUAUAAUAAGCAGUAUUUCAAUCACACGGCGUGUGACACGUGGCCCGACGAGUGUGGACUCGACUUUCGGCAUAACAUGACGUUCACGACCGACGGAACCGGCGUUUAUUCCACCCAUUAUUUCACCGACCGGUGCCUCCAUAUAAUAGAUGGUCAUAACAGCACACACCAACCCCUGUUUCUAUACAUGCCCUACCAGGCCCUGCACGCAGCCCGUGCCAAACACACGGUUGCCCCACAAAACUAUAUCGAUAUGUUUGCGUACAUCGCGUCCGAUAAAAGGCGUCGAUUGGCGGCAAUGGCCUAUAGUGUGGACGAGUCGGUGGGACUG